AUGACAUCCGAUAGUGAUACAGAGAUCAAUACUAGGUUUAUAAAUAAUUUUGCUCAUUGGCAACCUGAUGCGGAUAUACAGAACUGCCUCAAUUGUAAUUCGAGGUUUACAUUUGUUAAUCGUAAGCAUCAUUGUAGAUGCUGCGGUUGCAUUUUCUGUGCUGACUGCUCUAAUAGAUUUGUGAAUUACCAACCAAAUAUUGUCAAAGUGAUAAAGAGAUGGCCAAAUGAAAAAGAGUUAGCUCCAUAUAGAACAUGUAUACAUUGUUACAGAAGUCUUCUGUCGAAUAAACUGUUACUAACUCCAAAUGGUGAGAUUUUUACCACAUCUCGGUUACAAGAUGAUGAGUUGGGAGAAGAUAUAUCAACGCUGGAUACAGGUAACAACAAUGAAGUUGAGAACAACGAGGUUUCUGAACAAAAUAUAGAGAGUGAAUAUUCAAACAACGCUAUUCUUACAACAAAUGACCCAGUAACUAACACUGAAGUAAAUUCAAGUCCAACUGUGGGCUCUAAUAAAAAUAUAAGUACUAUCCGUGAAAUAGAAACUAAUGAUGAAGAUCAUUGCCCGAUCUGUUAUUAUGAUUUAAUGAAUUACGAAAAUGAAUUAGAUAGGACUACUCACCUAGAUGAGUGUAUUCAAAAUGCUUCUAAAUCACAGCAGCAUCAAAACUUAGGAAAUAAUGAGGACGGUAAUCCAUUGUCUUUUAGAAAUAAAUAUAAAAAUAGAAUGUUAGUGUUUAGGGUACGAGACAAUAAAACUAAGAAAUCCUCAGAAGAUGAAGAUGAAUGCCCAAUAUGUUUCGAAACGAUGGAACCUGGAGAAAAGAUUGCAAGACUGGAAUGCCUUUGUGUGUUUCAUUAUACUUGCAUAAAGUCAUGGAUGAAAAAGAAAAUACAAAAAACGAAAGAAUCUCAAGGCAAAAUUCCACCUAAUGCGAACUUUUGUCCAUUGCAUGAUGCCAUUUACUAA